CAGAGCAAGUACAAGAUGCUAAUAUGUUGGCUAAUAUACAUACAUUACAAAAUAUUAAAGGCUAUCGACUUAGUAGUAUACGCGAAGAAGAGCUAGAAAAAAAAAUACACAACACUAUUAAGUCCAAAGCAGAAAUUAAUAAGCUUAGUGAGAAAUUGCAGGAUAAAUAUAUAAAGCAAAUGAAAGCAUUUGAUCGAGAAAGAAAGGAGUAG